UUAAGAGUACUUCCGAAGGGGAUGAUAGGUCACCUUGGCAGUCAGCUGUAAUAAAACCGCUCUGUAUAAAAAGCAAACGAUCGGCAACGAAACCUAACACUUACUUCCUGAACAUCCUCCAGCAAACACACUAUUGCAAACCAUCUCAAGAUGAUGCCAGGUUGGUCCAUAAUACUGCUACUAGCGUUGGCUACCCUAGCGUCCACCAGCGCAGACCUUCGAGAAUCGUGCAACAAAUGCGGCUACCGUACCGGAAAUCAGAUCCAGUCGCAUUCGCACUGUGCUCAGCAGUCGGGUUCACGCAGCGGACCACCGAAAUACUUCCGCGAUCGCAAUGACUGUGGUAAGUUCUACGAGUGCAACCGCGGUACGGCCUACGAGUUCCUGUGCUCCGAGGGACUAGCCUUCAACGACGAUACGAAAGUUUGUGAACCGGCCACAAGAGUACGCUGCACGAACGUCGAUUGGGGAGCACCGAAUGGAGUUGUGCCGCCCAGCGAUAAUUAUUACGAGUUCCCGCGAGCAAGUGGUGCAGGACAAAACCGAACGUGCAAUAUCUGCGGACAGGCGAAGCAAGCCAUCCCCCGGCACGCGAACUGUCCGAGAAGUAACGGCUACUAUCCGGUGAUGUUCCGGAACGCCAAGGAUUGCUCGCAGUUCUUCCAGUGCGAUCAUGGCACCGCCUACCUGAUUCAGUGCCCAGCGGGACUACACUUCAACACACGCAUCAACGUUUGCGACUAUCCGCGCAAUGUGGAUUGUUCCGGUCCCGUGCAGAACCCGGAACCUGCUCCCGGUUCCAACGGAGGUGCGCACGGUGGAGGAGCUUCGGCUUCUUGUGCGAUCUGCCAGGCAGCGAAGCAUGUGAUCCGCAACCAUCCAAACUGUCCCACCAAGAAUGGCUACUAUCCGGUCAUGUUCCGUCAUCGGACGGAAUGCACUAAGUACUACCAGUGUGACCAUGGAACGGCGUUCGAGAUUGUCUGUCCCGCCGGUUUGUACUUCAAUACCGCCAUCAACGUGUGUGAUUAUCCGCAGAAUGUGGACUGUUCUGGUGCGGCGGGACCAGCUGCUCCGGCCGUUUCGAGUGAAAAGCCAGCUGUCGUUCAACCGGAACAGCAGAUACAUCCCAACUGUCCGAUCAUUACGGGCCAGCAGCAGGCUAGCUAUUGGGCACAUCCACGCGAUUGCAGCAAAUACUACGGCUGCCGCUGGGGAUGUGUGGAGCUGCUGAGCUGCCCCGAAGGACACCGGUGGGAUGACGGUCGGAAGGCUUGCGCAGUGGAACAUUCGGUCGAGUGUGAGAAUGAUGGAUACUAGGAGGUUCUGGUUACCAUUUUGGGUGGCUUAACGUAAGAAGCGUCGUGUACUUGCAAUAAGGGGAAAUAAAGGUGGAUUGUUCGAGAUUAA